CGCAUGUACGGGCAGGGUGUUACCGCCGGCCGUGCUUGGUGUGGGGCACGCUCAGAGUGGGUCGCGCAGAAUCGUACGGAGGCUUUUCGGUUUGUUGGAGGCUCGAGUGCCCCCAGCCUUGGGGUUCAAAACCAAAUUAAUUUAACCCGAGAAAUAGCUGGAGUGCAGUGGAAGUCAUUGAACGGUCGCUGGCUUCCCCGGGCUCCGUAUAAAGGUCUUCUUGGUGUCCAGUGUCGCGCAGAGUGGGGAGGAACGCUGGACGGAGUCGUGUGUCACUACGGGAGGAGUGGGCAGGAAAGAAGAGAGCGCUAGGAAAUGUGCCACGGGGCAAAAGGUGUCCUUCCUCCCUCAGGGCUGUGAGAAAAGCUAACGUCAGGGCAGAGAGCGGAGUGGGGAAAGCGCUUGUGGUCCACCAACUCUUCCUGGCUGAUUUCAGUGUAUAGGGUCCAUGUGCCUGCGAGUGUGUACGCUGUGGUGCGAGACGACCUUCUGGCGGGGUGAGCUGCGGUGUGGACUGUGAUUUUCUCAUGCACGUUUAUUGCAGUAAACCAUGCUGAGGAAACGCUGUGGCGUUGUGAAGCAAGAAAUAUGGGACAGCAGCUAAUCGCAAGGAGGAGCCUGCUUUUUCUGUUUACCGGUUAUCGUAGUUUACAAGAUGAAAACGUGAAAAGCCAACCCUGCUUUCUGGCACACAGAAAUACGGUUAAGAUGCCUCCAAGUGUUAGAGACAGGGCUUUGUCCUCAGAAGUGCCUUUUUGCUUGUGGGCUGCAGUCAGUCGCUGAAAGCAGGGGCUCAGUAACCUGUGGGUAUUAGGUGUUAGCAAGGAAAGCAGGAACUCCGCCAUGGGGUACAACAAAAGCUGGAUCUCGAGGAAUGAAAGCGAGCAUCCCCCGUACCAGGCUGUCACCAGAGCUCUGGAGAUGAGAAACGCAUCGGCUGGGCAGAUGGUGUGGCAGGGUGGGAACAGCAGCCAGGCUGGGGCUGCGGAGAGCGAGGAGCACAGCCAGGAGCAGACCUACAGGCAUUUCACUACCACGGUGCAAAUCGUCAUCUUCAUAGGCUCUUUGCUGGGUAACAUCAUGGUGCUGUGGUCAACUUGCAGAACAUCAGUACUCAAGUCUGUAACAAACAGACUCAUUAAGAAUUUGGCCUGCUCGGGGAUCUGUGCCAGCCUAGUCUGUGUGCCUUUUGACAUUGCUCUUAGUGCCAGUCCACACUGCUGCUGGUGGAUCUAUACGAUGCUCUUCUGCAGAAUUGCCAAGUUUCUGCACAAAGUCUUCUGCUCAGUGACCAUCCUUAGUUUUCCAGCCAUUGCUCUUGACAGGUACUACUCUGUUUUAUACCCUCUGGAACGAAAAAUAUCUGAUGCAAAAUCUCGAGACCUGGUUAUCUAUAUCUGGGCCCAUGCAAUAGUGGCCAGCAUUCCAGUAUUUGCUGUAACCAACGUGUCUGAUAUUUAUGCCAUGUCUACCUGUUCUGAAUCUUGGAGUUACUCCCUUGGCCACCUGAUAUAUGUCAUCAUCUAUAACAUCACCACAGUGAUUGUACCAGUGGGUGUGGUAUUUCUCUUUAUGAUUCUUAUUCGCAGGGCACUGAGUGCCAGCCAGAAGAAAAAAGUCAUCAUAGCUGCAUUAAGGACCCCUCAGAAUACAAUUUCUAUACCUUAUGCCUCCCAGCGAGAAGCUGAGCUUCAUGCCAUGCUGCUUUCCAUGGUUAUGAUAUUUAUUUUCUGCAGUGUCCCCUAUGUAACUUUGGUGAUUUACCGCACCAUACUCAAUAUUUCAGAUAUUUCAGUCUUCUUGUUCCUCACUGCCAUCUGGUUGCCCAAGGUCUCUUUGCUGGCCAAUCCUUUGUUAUUUUUAACUGUGAACAAAUCAGUACGAAAGUGCUUAGUGGGGACACUAGUACAGCUGCACCAAAGGUAUAGCAGGAGAAAUAUUGUCAGCUCAGGUGGUUUUGCAGAUGCUAAUCUGGAGCCCAGUGUCCGUUCAGGAAGCCAACUUCUGGAAAUGUUUCAUAUUGGGCAACAACAAAUCUUCAAGCCAACAGAAGAUGAGGAGAAAGAGACCAAAUCUGUUGGUGCUGGUGACUUGGAACAGAAGGAAAUCCCUACCACGAGUUUAGAGGUAGGAGAGACUUUGAUUCACAAAUUUCUACCACAGACAAUUGCAGACUCUACAGCUCAGGUGGCGCCAGCUGUGGCCACAGAAGCUGAUAUGGUAAAUGACAAGUAUUCCAUGCAGUUUGGUUUUGGACCCUUUGAGCUGCCUCCCCAGUGGCUCUCAGAAAACCGAAACAGUAAGAAGCGACUCCUGCCUCCUUUGGGGAAUACUCCUGAAGAGCUAAUCCAGACAAAACAGCCUAAAUGUAAAGCAGAAAGAAAAAUCAGCAGAAACAAUAAAGUCAGUAUCUUUCCCAAGGUGGAUUCUUAGUAAGAGCAGGAGCUUUACGUAACAGAGGAAGGUCACCUUCUGUUGUAUGUGUGAUCCCAUGGAUCUUUGUUAUGCUGAAAUUUGUUACAGGCUGAUUUUUGGUUUGUGCCAAAUAUAAUUUAAACAAACAAAGGUAAAAAAACAUACAAGUGUUCCUUAUUAAUAUGUUUUCAUGAAAAUAAUAUAUCAAGAGAUGGUGGUUCUUAGUUUUAUCUGUGAAAACCCUACAAUGAUACCUGCCUGAUUAACUUUCAAAAAGUACAUAUGGCUUUGGGAAUGCUUUGUAUGGUUGAAAAAUGAAAAUAGUGGCAGUUUGCUGGGAAGCCUCAUAUUGUAUUAAAAUGGACUGUGUCAAAAUAAUUUCAUAGGAAAGGCUGUAAGGAGCAGAAGACAGAUGCAAAAUGGGCAAGUCCUAACCUGCUGUAAAUAGACAAAGCAAGGUUCUGCACAUCUCAUCAAUGAAGCAAGAUGCACUAUUAAGUAUAUCUGUUUUCUAUUAAGCCCAUUUCUUAAAUCAGUGUUAAAAUUCCCAUGACUUUUUGCACAAAUUAGUUACCAAGUAUCUGUCUGCACUCUUUUUUUGGCCCAAAAAAAACCUUCCACACAGCCAAAAAUACCCAAAUAAUCAUACGUGUCAAACCUGAGAUUUUUUUUUUUAAUUUAUUUUUUUUUUAGAAAAGAAUAUAGUCUUGUAGUUUUAAGUAAAAACUGGAUUGGAGACCAUGCAGGACAAAAUCCUGACUCCAGUAAACAAAUAUGCAUGUGCCAAGGGCAUAAAUAAAACACUUUGAUCCUGUGAUAAAGGACAUAUACAAAUGUCCCAACAGUGUAAUGUAUGUAUUGUGUAAGUGACCAAACUGUCAGCCUUCAUGUAGACUCAUCUGCUGGUGCACUCUGCUGUUUUCUUACAGGAAGGCUAGUAAUGAAAGAAACAGGUCAGAAGUGCUAGUAGCCUUGUACUGAACUGCUGAGUGAGGAAGCUGAUAUCAGACCCCAAAAGGCAAGGCUUAUUAAUGUUGUUGCUCACCACUGUCAGAGGCAAGGAGAUUUUUCUUCUAUAUCCACAGAUAUAGAUACCAACCCCACUUGUCUCACAGUACAGAUCACCCAGAGUAUUAAAAAGAGACUUUCAAACCUGGUUCCCAAUUCCUGAGUCGGAGUCAUGCCAUUGGCACACCAGCUUUCUAGGAGAGUUCAGGCAUUGUAUUGUAGCUUGUCCCCCAUCAUCACAGGCAUAUUGUCUUGUUUAUGCUGAAUGUGAAUUUUAAACUGUAUCAGUCUGCUAAUAGAUGACCUGAAAUUGUUGUAUCCCUGGCAUUUUAACCCUUGUUCAGUUGCGAGUAGUCUUUCCUUCUUCUCUGCGUUCACUGUUGUGUCUCCCAGUAGUUUCUUAAAAGCACAAUCUAGUAAUGUCCUUGUGGUUAUGCUGUAAUGUAGCCCCUUGGUGCAUGCCGACCCUUUAUCUGUAGUUACCGUCUGUUUAUGAAAGUAGUUUUCUUUAAAGCAUACUUUUAAAAGGACAAAGUGAAAAAUCUUGCCAAGUUCACAGUAACUUACUAAAUCCAACCUGUCAUUGUUAAAAGUGAGAAAAAAUUCUGCUGAAGCAGGAUUUAGAGAACUACCUGUUCUUCCUUUGGUUUGAAGAAAGUCAGCAGCUUCUGAUGUCUCCAAGGUGGUGGAUUUCUACAAGGUAUUAAAAGCAAAAGUUUUAAUAAAAUUGUAUUUAAAGAAAAAA